UGCGAAUUGACUUGGUUAAUUUAAUUUACAUUAUUUAAAUAAAUAUUACCUGAAAAACAUUGUACUUAUGGUAUUUAACAAAUGUGCAUGAAAAUGAGCUAACAACGUUUAUGUCAAGAUGUUCAAGCAGCAGCUGUCGCCACGGAGUAUCCAUCCUUAUCAAACAACGGUAGUACCUCGUAGCGAACAGCAAUAUUCGACGGCAUCGCGUCAAAGGGCCAAAUAUCCAUGGGCUGAAGAUAUUAACACGCCUGUGUAUCAGGUGGCUGGCACAGACAGUUCCACUUCCGAUAAUGCUUACCAAGUUCCUCAGCUUUAUAACGGAACAUUAAGAGAUUAUGGACAUUCUUCAUUUGUAUAUCAGACCCCAUAUGGUACAGGCACUUGGCGUAGUUAUAAAAAUAGUGAGAAAUUUCCACAUCAUGCCAUUCCCGAAGCAUACACGUUUCCUCAAUGUGCUUCUUCAUUUUCACUUCCAAUAGGUGAGGAACUACGAACUGAAAGCCGGUCUCCUGUGCCUCCUAUGCCCUCUGUUAGUCCAGAAGUACCUGUUAUUGGAGCAUGUGGAGGUCAUUGCCCGGGAUUUGAGUAUGUUUGUUAUUAUAUUUUACAGGUGAUAUUUGUUGUAGGCAUAUUAACUGGGAUCUCAUUAAGCAUUGCAGGAAUUGUAUUAAGACGUACAAAUCGUAAUGGUGAUCUUGGAGUAUUAGUUUACAUAGGUUGUCUAUCAUCUUGUGUGUGUGGUGUAUUGCUUGGAGUCCAGUGCUGUGUUCAUCGAGAGAUACGACAGCGUAAAUUGAGGGCUAACAUGCACAUACCAAUGCAACCCAUACAGGAAACACCAGCCACAGCUUGUCCAUUGUUAAGUACUUCACUACCUCAUACUCAAAUAUACAGACCGACUGUUAACAUAUGUGCUGAAGAUGAGACCGGUGUUCCUUGGUGGCGUCGCUCAAACAGAGACUGACUAGUUUUAAGUAUUAUAAAG